GUUCGAGAUGGUGACAGUGAGAUGUCUUCUCUUAUUAACAAAUUCUGUCAUAAUACACUCAUGUCUCCAAUCACUUCUACCAGCAACAGCCUCUGGAUCAAAUUCAAGUCUGAUGCUUCUGUGCAAAGAGCUAGCUUCAGGGCCGUUUAUCAAGUUGCUUGUGGAGGUUCCUUGUCUGGAAGAGGCACAAUCCAUUCACCUUACUACUCCAGGAUGACCACUCACCCAAGGACCUGUGAAUGGAUCAUCUCCCAGCCAGCUGGCAAAGUGGUGAUCCUUAACUUCAUCAACUUUGACAUUCGAAAUACAACCACUUGUGACUCAGACUACAUUGAGGUCAGAGAUGGCAACAAUGGAGACUCUCCUCUUUUGGAGAAAUACUGUGGUACAGGUGUACCAUCUAGAGUGCAAUCAACACAGAACAAUCUUUAUAUCAAAUUCAGAGCUUCCUCUCUUUACAACCUUGGCUUCAGAGCUGAGUACUGGCCAUUAGAUACAGUAUGUGGAAAGACUCUCACUGGACCUUCAGGAACCAUUACAAGUCCUGGUCAUCCAGAUGUCUACCCACAUGGUAUUAACUGUACCUGGAUUAUCAACAUUCAACCUGGCCACCUGAUACGCCUGACAUUCACUUCAUUUAACUUGGUGUUUGAUUAUGGGUGCAGAAAGGAUUAUCUUGAAAUAUAUGACAACAGCACUGGGCAAAACUUGGGAAGGUUCUGUGGAAGAUCAAUUCCACCAUCUCUCACUAGUGGUGGCAACACAAUGAUGUUGUACUUCGUGACAGAUGACAGCAUUUCAUCUGAGGGUUUCUCAGCUAAUUAUAUCUCCCUGAAUGCAUCAAAAGUUUGCUCACACAACUACAGUACUGAAACUGGCACGCUAACUUCUCCAAACUACCCCAAUAACUACCCUGUCUGGACAGAAUGCAUAUACACCAUCACACUGGGAAUAAACAGACAGAUUGUGCUGCACUUCACCAACUUCACCUUGGAAGGGAAUAAACGCUGCACAGAGGAUUAUGUAGAAAUCAGAGAUGGAGGCUAUGAAACUUCUCCUCCUCUUGGAAAAUACUGUGGUACAGACCUGCCUCCUGUCAUAAUCUCUCAUGGUAACAAGCUGUGGAUAAAGUUUGUAAGUGACAUAUAUGGUACAAGAGAGGGAUUUUCAGCGGAGUGGGAUGGUACAUCAGCAGGUUGUGGUGGGACUUUGAUGACAGCUUCUGGCAUCUUCAUGUCUCCCAACUACCCUAUGCCAUAUUACCACAACUCAGAGUGCUACUGGUUGCUCAGAGGAAGCCGAGGAAGCCCAUAUGAAAUCCAGUUUGAACAGUUCCAUUUAGAGUAUCACCCGAAGUGCAACUUUGAUUACCUUGCGGUAUAUGAUGGCAACAGCAGUAAUGCUAAACAGCUAGGUAAAUUCUGCGGGAAUGAGAUACCACAACUCAGGCAUUCCAGUGGAGACAGCGUGUAUGUAAAACUAAGGACAGACAACAGUCGUCAAGGUGGAGGUUUCUUAGCCAAAUACAAACAGGUUUGCCGUGAAGUACUGACUGUUAAUCGUAGCCAUGGCAUAUUGGAAAGUUUAAAUUAUCCAAAUAACUACCCAUUAAAUGAGCACUGCAACUGGACUAUCCAAACUACCAUGGGGAACACACUCAGCUAUAGCUUCACAGCCUUUGAUGUAGAAGAUGGAUCUGACUGUAACCGUGACUUCUUGAAGCUCUAUGAUGGACCUGAUGUACAAUCUAACCUAAUAGGCACUUUCUGUGGACGGUCUCUUCCACUGGCAGGGAACACUACAGGGACCAGCCUUCAUGUGGAGUUUUAUUCUGAUGGACUGAAUGCUAGAAGUGGCUUCCAGAUGCUGUGGCAUGCUAAUGGUUGUGGAGAAGAACUGUAUGGCCCUUCUGGUUCAUUUCACAGUCCUGGCUACCCCAGCAGAUACCCAAGCAAUAGGGAAUGCAUCUGGUACAUCCACACAGCACCUGGUAGCAGCAUUCAACUCACCAUUCAGGAAUUCGACAUUGAAUACCACCCAAACUGCAGCUACGAUGUUUUGGAGGUCUAUGGUGGCCCGGAUUUCCUCUCUCCUAGGCUAGCCCAGCUGUGUGUUUCAAGAUCAGCACAGAACCCACUGCGAGUCUCUACCACUGGCAAUUCAGCCAUUGUCCGUUUCAAGACAGAUGAAGCAGUGACAGGGAAAGGUUUUAAUGCCUCCUGGCAAGAAAAUCCAGGUGGCUGUGGUGGUAUUUUCCAAGCUACCAGUGGGGAAAUCCAUUCUCCAAACUAUCCUCAACCUUAUAAUAACAACACAGAUUGUUCUUGGGUGAUCCAAGUUGACUAUAGCCACAGAGUCCUAUUGAAUUUCACGGAUUUUGACAUUGAAAAUCACCAUUCGUGUAACUAUGACUAUGUUGAAGUAUUUGAUGGUCCUAACAAUGAAGCACCACUUCUUAGAACACUCUGUGGAACACAGAAUCCUCCUCCUAUCACAUCCUCCAGGAAUCUGAUGUACGUCCGACUGCGCUCCGAUUCAACCAUCCAGCACAGGGGCUUCAGUGCUCGCUUUACUGAAGUCAACCACGUCACACUGUCAUUCACUGACUUUGACAUUGAAAAUAAUGGGCAAAACUGUACAACGGAUUUUGUGGAGAUUUUGGAUGGGAAUAACUAUGAUGCUCCUCUUCAAGGCCGUUACUGUGGCACUACUAUGCCAUAUCCUAUCACUUCUUUUGGUAAUGCCUUGGUGGUGAAAUUCAUCUCCAACAACAACAUUACUGCCAGGGGCUUCCAUGCCACCUAUGCUGCAUCAUCAUCAUCCUGCGGGGGGACUUUCCACAUGGACAGAGGAGCUUUCAACAGCCCUGGCUAUCCUGACCCAUAUCCACCCAAGAGCGAGUGUGUCUGGACAAUUCUCAGCUCCCCUGGCAACCGGCUCCAGCUGUCCUUCAUAGCAUUUCAGGUGGAAGACAGUAGUGGCUGCACCAAAGAUUAUCUGGAGAUUCGUGAAGGGAACGAAACAGGCAGACUGGCAGGACGAUUCUGUGGGAACUCUUUGCCUUCAAAUUAUACAUCCACUGUUGGACAUGUCCUGUGGGUCAAAUUUGUCUCGGACAGUUCAGGCACUGAUGUUGGCUUCAGGGCCACGUUCUCUCACU